CAGAAAGCCCUUACACCGGCCAAGAACAUCCAAAGGCGCCACCAAGAAGUUUAAAUCCGUAGCCAUUUUGCUCAAGUUCUGUUUCGGCUGAGGGCCACCGGCUCGCACUUUCCAGCAGACGCAGCAGACGUCAGGACGGCGGGCGCGAUGGUCGCCCUGCUUUGUCUGCGAGCGGCGGCUCUUGCCUCCGUGGCAGCAGCGAGCUCGCUCCGUGGUGAGGGGCAGGUUUCCUCGAAUGGCAGCAGCAUGGCCCUGGACAUCUCCUGCGCGGCGGGCAUGCUGGCGUUCGUGGCGCUUGGCCUGUACGUGACCUACGCGAGCGGCGUGUGCAACAGGGGUGCAGCCGCGCGCGGAGGGGCCGGCCCCGCGGAGGGCGUACCCAAGGCGAGCCCGACGGUGUUGGGGAUGCCCCUCGGGCGGGAGUUGUUCGACAAGUUGUUUUUGCCGGCGGCGGUCGCAGACGAGCCCAUGUGCGUCGUCUGCUUGAUGCCCGUGGGGCGCUCCGAGCCGUGUCGCCGCCUGGGCUGCGGGCAUAUGUUUCAUCCCGACUGCAUCGAUGGCUGGUGGCUGCAGACGGACGAUGCCACGCUCAAGUGCCCAGUCUGCAGGCGGGCUCAGGUUCCACCCGCAACUCCGUGUCAGCAUGUGAGCUCCGAGGAGGCGAGGCAACCUGUGACUGGCAGCACAGACUCACACGCUUAAAUGUCGGAUUUGCUCAGCAUCGCGCGGCGCCUUCGUGGACAGGCAUGCCGCGUAGUCCGGCAUGCCGUGUACUAUACCACGUUCUGAUUGAUGGAUUCGGCGCGUUUUUUUUUGUGUGUGUGUGUGUGUGUGGGGGUGGGUGUGAGUGCGCGUGUCCCUGUGUCUUGUGUCAGUGUGUGUCAGAGUUUUGCUCGUUUGUGUGUGGUUGAGCGUGUGCCUGUUCUCGUAUGUGAGCUGGGCCCGCCACCGCGCCCACUUCCGCUAUCGGCCGCUGGCCGGAUUUGAAGCCUUCCCGUUCUAGUUUCAAGCUCGGACAAGCAGGACAGCAUGUCUGCCACCCACACUGCAGUUUACGAAGGAUGGUUAGGCAAUGAGGAGGAGCCCGCCAAGACACGAGAGCGGACUCUUUGUCCAGUUGGACAAUGAUUUGGUUCGGUACAGCUGCCUAUAAGAGCGGGAGAGGCCGCACGCUCCUCAUGCUUUGGAGUUCGUCACGUUCCUUGGAGAGGGGCGGCCGCUGGCCCGACUUGCAGACCUUGCAGUUUGAACUUUUUGGCCCUGCGCACCUAAGCGGGAUGUGAUGGAUGUUUGAAUGCAUUCUGGGUAUGGUGCGGCAGCCUGUUAGUCAAUUGCGUAGUUCUGUGCCUCUUCGGUUAGAUAGGGCGCGCUCGUCAGGUCCCUGGGAGAGGGACAGUCGCUAGCAGGACUCGCAUCCUUGCAGUUUGAAUUCUGUGUUGCGCACACAAGCUGGAGGUUAUGGAUGUUUGUGCACCUGCUGAGCCUGAUGCGGGAACUGGUUGGGCAAGAGUGGAGGGGUAAUGCUCGGGCUCGUCAGACGUCGUCAGAGUCCUUGGAGACGGACGACGGUCGCUCGCCUAAUUUGCAGUUUGAACUUUUUGGUUUAGCAUACAUGAGCAGGAGGUGGUGGAUGUUUGGACACCUUCUGGGUAUGGUGCGGAAGCUUGGUGGGCAAUAUUGGAGAGUCCGUCGAUACACCCGAGUCGGCUUCUCAAUAAUUGAGUAAUGUGCCUCUUUACUUUAGAUCGGGCGCGCUCGCCAUGUUCCUUGGAGAGGGGCGAGUCCAGAUGGUCACCACUUGGUGAGGGGCGGUCUUUUUUAGCGCCUGGUUCGUUGUGUGGUCGGCCAGCGAACACCACAGGGGCAGCGUGAGUCGUGAAAGUGGUCCUUUCUUGGAGGAGCGGUCGG